ACCCGGGCGGACGUACCAAUAGCGACAUUGGAAGGGUUGGUGUGUGAGUGUGCGUGUUUCGCUGGGAGAAAUGAAAUGAACGUUCUUUAUUUUUAAGUAACUAUUUCUUUGUGAAAGCUGAAGGAGUUAAAUAAUACGAAAGAGGAGGAGACGAAGAAGAAGAAGACAUAAGGAGAAAUUGAGCGAGCGAGAGAACACGAAAACGAGAGUUUUAGUAAGAGAGAGAGAGAAAAUAAUAUUAAUAAGAGCAACGAUAACAGCGACGUAUAGCAUUACCUUUGGCGAGCCAUUCACGUCGAAAUCUAAUUAAACACAAAAAUAUGUUGUGAAAAAAGAUUCUGAAGACCCACCACAGUGAAAUCAUUACGAGGAAACACGACUGGCAAAAGGACCUUUAGAAAUCAAGAUGGAGAUUGAAAUGGAACAGAUACCUUUCAUACGAAGGCCAGAUAUGAGCGCAUUUGCAGCAGGCCAAGUGCAGGACCUAAUGGAGUGGGCCGACGUCUGGUACAGGCUGGACGAAGGACGAGGGAAGAUCACGCUGGACAAACUCGAAGGCAGGAUACGCAGGACGGUUAACAACGCGCAGGCAAUUCCACAGGCCAUUAGUAUCCUACACAAGGCGGAUUAUGGGCAGAAAGGAUGCGUGGAGUACAAGGACUUCAGGCAUUUUUACAACAAGAUCCUUCCCGAAUCCUCAUGGGAAAGGGCGGUGCUCAUGAGGGCGGCGCUGGACGUGGAGGAUAUGACGCCCACGAUGGAAGAAGUGCCGUGGAUGGACGUGUGGACGAAGGUAGUCGACUUCGCGCAUUCGAAACCCUCCAAGCAUGACUUCGACUGGCGCUGGCUCCUCCCCCAGGACUAUAACCGCCGGAAACUCCUCAACUACGUCUAUUACAGGAGCGAACUCAUUCAUCCUUCCCGCAUAAAGGAUUGGAUUCUCACCACGAAGGAGGCGGAUCGGAUCCCGAACGGCGUGGCCAUCCAGCUGCUGAAGAAGGCGGAGGUGGUGGAGCGCGCGGAUUCGAACAGGGAUGGAUAUGUGGAGUUCGAGGAGUUUUUGAGAUUUGCUAUGGUCACCUCCUCGACCUCCCGCAGGAGCGAGGCCUUCCGGAGGGGCGCCCUUGUGGUCCUUCCUCGCAGCAAAAGGACCCUGGAGACGAGGCAGUACCUGGAGGAGUACUCGUGCUGCCCCCCGCCGCUGUUCAUGCCCCUCGCGUCGCUGGCUGAGGUUGCCGUGUUUAUCUACUAUGCCGUUGACAUGGGCGUAACCAUUGGACCGAAUGGCCCUUGUCCUACGUACUCUCCUCUUGUGUACCAUCCUCAGCGGCGCUACGAAGCUUGGCGUUACAUAUCUUACGCGUUGAUCCAUUCUGGGUGGGUCCACUUAGUGAACAACCUGCUAGUCCAAGUGUUCUUCGGCAUCCUGCUGGAGAUGGUGCACAGAUGGUGGCGUGUUAUGAUCGUGUACCUGUCGGGCGUUGCAGCUGGUGCUCUCGCCCACUCGAUCUUCACGCCCACUGCUUUCCUCGCUGGGGCGUCGGGCGGUGUCUAUGCCGUGGAAUACGCCCAUCUCGGUAAUUUGUUCAUGAAUUGGCCGGAGAUGGAGAGGCCUUGGUUACAGCUGUUCGUGUUGCUCCUCCUGAUUAGCCUCGACUUCGGCUACGCUAUCUGGGAUACAUAUUUCGCCCUGGAGCCCUCGAACACGGGUCACAUGGCCCACUUCGGAGGCGCCGUUGCUGGGGUUCUGGUCGGCGUGGUGGUGCUCAGGAACCUGGAGAAGGAGACGUGGGAAAAAUACUGCUGGUGGUUUUCUCUCGUCCUCUUCCUCGUCGUCAUUACCACGGGAGUGAUGCUAAACGUUUUCCUGCCCGUUCCUGGGUACUUUCCUGAGGAUAUUCACUAGUGUUGUUUUGAGGUGCUGCUGUUUAGAUUUUUGUUUUGUGUUGUUUUAUGUUUCGUUC